AUGGCACCCAAAGGCUGUGAUCCGCUUUACGGCGAGAUUGUAGCAGAUCACGCAUACUGGGAUGGCUUUAUCGACUAUUCUGAGGUGCAUCGAGUAAUGUGCGCUGGUUGCGGUGCAUCGCCCAUCAACGGGCUGUGCUGGAAGUGCAAGUCGUGCAAGGAUCAUGAUAUCUGCGAGCAGUGCCGCCUUGCCAACAGAUCCGUCAAGUCCACCUGUUCUUUUACACUCGUCAAUCUACCCGACGAGGCUCUGUAUAUCCGGUCUUCCGAGGUGGAUCCCGCGCUCAUUUGUGCCACGUUCCAAAUCAUGAGGGACUGGGAAUUUCACAUGCUAAGGGUCCAAAGAAACAGGGAUCCUAAGGGCUUCAAGAUGAGCGAAGAUAAAGCACGAGAGGGCGACCUAGGCAAGUCGACAUAUUGGAGACUAGGAGAUAAACCUAGCCAAGGCGCAACAGUUGUGCAACAGGAGGUGAAGCCGGUGAAGAACGCAAAGGUUGAAAAGGCUAAGGCGAAGGAGUCAGAGAAACUACAAAAAGCUAAGGCGAAGGAGUCAGAGAAACUACAAAAGGCGAACAAGAAGGAGAAAGCGAAGGAAAAGAAGAAAGAGAAGAAGAAUGACAAACGAGGAUCAGUUGUUGGUAUCAGUGAACUGAUCAGAGGCUCUGCGCAAGUUGGUGGUUCUGUAGGGGAUGUUGGGGAAGCACUACGAAGAAACUCCGAGGACUCUACAGGCACUUUAAAGUGA